AUUAUCGCACAGUACACAACAGUCAGUACAGACACAGCUACAGACACAACAGAUUUUUCCGUUUUUUAUUUCGAGCACCUGAAAAAAUCCUAGUUUGCACCGUUUUUAACUUCAAGAAAAUUCAAAAACUCCAACUCAAAUCGGACAUUCGAUUGGUCCUUUGCAAUAGUGAAUUGAAAUUUCAUUUAAAACUCAAAACAAAAUCAAGUUUUAAGCAGAAAAAUCAAAAGAAAAGAAACAAAACGACGAAAAAAGAAAACCCAAAACAGCACAGCAAUGGCAAAAUAAUAUCAACAUAACAUCCAAAAAGGUACCUAUCUUUUGGAGCCCCAAUCGCAGGCAGCUGUGACAGCAGCUGUAGGAACGGUCGGUCAGAGGGGGGAGGGAGAUAAACGAAAAGGGGACUGCUGGUGAGAGUGCAAUGUGAAAAAUCAAAAGAAAAAAAAUUAAUUCUAGUCGUGCAGAUGUGUGUGUGUUGUGCGUAUUGAAAUUGAAAUUCAUUGUUGGUGGUACCUACCGCUGUUGUUGUGUGUUGUUGUCGUUUUUGCUGCUGCUGCUGCUACGGCUCAAUGUUUAUGGCCUCAAUUGUUAAGCGGAGAAUAAUGAAAUAAAGUUUUUAUUUUCUAUUUUUCGACGUUAUUGUGAUUGACAACACUUGAUCAUUAGCGGGAUCGGUAGCUCGAACUACAGAACACUGCCAUCAUGCAGUCCUUUAAAGCCGACGAACUGCCGGAGAAUCCCCGGGAAACGGCGAAUCCCAUAUCAUCAUUGAUGUUUUGUUUUGUUAUGCCAACAUUUUUCAAAGGACGCAAAAAAGUUUUGGAUGAAACCGAUCUCUACAGAGCAUUAAAGGAACACAAAUCAGAUACAUUGGGUCACAAACUCUCCGAAGCAUGGGAGGAGGAAUGCAACAAAAAACAAAUGAAACACAAAGAACCGAGUCUUCUGAGGGCGGUACUGAAAGUAUUCGGUCUACGAUUCGCCACCUUAGGUUUUGUUUUAUUUAUUCUAGAAAUAGGUUUACGUGUUACUCAGCCAUUAUUUUUGGGUGGCCUUGUCUCGUACUACGCCAAGCCUGAGAAUAAUGGUAGUAGCGAUCUGUCCACAGCGUACCUGUACGCUCUGGGCGUGAUUCUAUGCAGUGCCGUCAAUGUCCUGUUCAUGCAUCCUUACAUGUUAGGCAUACUUCACGUGGGCAUGAAGAUACGCGUGGCCAUGUGUAGCAUGAUAUAUCGUAAGGCGCUACGUCUGAGUAAGACCGCACUGGGCAAUACAACGUCAGGGCAGGUGGUGAAUCUGAUAUCGAAUGACGUCGGCCGUUUGGACACAUCGAUGAUACACAUGCACUAUUUGUGGUUGGGGCCGAUUGAAAUUAUCAUUAUUACGUUUUUAAUGUAUCGCGAGAUUGGAGUCUCCUCGCUAUUCGGUGUCGCCAUUAUGAUACUAUUCCUGCCGUUGCAAGCCUAUCUGGGCAAAAAGACUUCAGUUUUACGUCUACGCACUGCCCUGCGCACCGAUGAACGGGUGCGCAUGAUGAACGAAAUCAUAUCCGGCAUUCAGGUGAUCAAAAUGUAUGCCUGGGAAAUACCAUUUGGUAAAAUGGUCCAAUACGCCCGUCUCAAGGAGAUGAACGCCAUUCGCUAUGUCAACUACAUUCGUGGCAUUUUGCAGUCGUUCAUUAUGUUUCUGACACGCAUAUCCGUUUUCGCCAGUCUGGUGGGAUUUGUACUCCUGGGAAAACUGCUGACGGCCGAGAAAGCUUUCAUCAUUACAGCCUUCUACAAUAUUCUGCGCAACACCAUGACCAUCUACUUCCCCAUGGGAAUAUCCCAGUUUGCCGAGACAAUGGUGUCCUUUAAACGUAUCCAAAAGUACAUGAUGCAUGAGGAGACGAAGGUGCGGGACAGGUCACAGGAUGUGGAUUGCGAAAAUAAUAAAUUGCAACCGACAGCUAUUAUCGAGGAGAAUGGCAAGGCAAUUGGCAUGAAUGGCAUUAUGAAGCCCAUGACGAUUGUGGGUAACCAUCAUCCGCAUCACGUGGAGGCCAGCGUCAGCAUUAACAAACUCAAGGCCAAAUGGGAUCCACAGUCAACGGAGUACACGUUGGAAAAUAUUGAUCUAAAGAUAAAGCCACGUACCUUGGUGGCUGUAAUUGGGCCGGUGGGUUCCGGCAAGUCCAGCUUGAUUCAAGCCAUCCUGGGUGAACUGCCUGCUGAAACUGGGUCCGUAAACGUUAGCGGCACACUGUCAUAUGCCUCACAGGAGCCCUGGCUAUUUACUGGUACUGUGCGUCAGAACAUUUUGUUCGGCCUACCAAUGGAUAGGCAGCGCUAUCGCACAGUUGUCAAGAAAUGUGCCCUCGAACGAGAUUUUGAGCUGCUGCCCUUUGGCGACAAGACAAUUGUUGGCGAGCGCGGUGCUUCUCUGUCUGGUGGCCAAAAGGCCCGUAUCAACUUAGCCAGGGCUGUGUAUCGCAAGGCCGAUGUCUAUCUGCUGGAUGAUCCGUUGAGUGCCGUUGACACCCAUGUUGGGCGCCAUUUGUUCGAUCAAUGUAUGCGAGGUUAUCUGCGUGACGACAUUGUCCUUUUGGUCACUCACCAGCUGCAAUUUAUGGAACAGGCCGAUCUUAUUGUAAUUAUGGAUAAGGGUAGGAUCAGUGCUAUCGGGACAUUUGAAUCGAUGCGCAAGAGUGGUUUGGAAUUUUCCAAAUUAUUGAUGCAGGCCGAUAAGACCGAGGAUACGGGUAGUGUGAAGGGAUCGGUUGGGGAGGGAUCGGAAAGACAGGCUUUGUCAAGACAAAACAGUAAAAUGCGCUCACGUCAAAAUAGUGUGUCGUCUAUGGGUUCGGUGGCGGAGUCUGCCCAGGGCGAUGCCCCCAAACAGGUGCAGGAGACUCGUGAAGAGGGUAAAAUUGGUCUAAAACUUUAUAAGAAAUAUUUUGGAGCCAGUGGAGGUUAUUUCCUGUUCACAAUUAUGGCAUUCUUUUGUAUUGGAGCUCAGGUGUUGGCCUCCGGAGGUGACUACUUCUUGUCCUAUUGGGUCAACAAAAAUGGACAGGCGCAAAGUACGGUUACCGAUUACUAUCGACGACCCGAAAGACGCUUGGACACCAACUCAGACCCAGUGGACCUGUACAUCUUCACUGGCAUUAAUGUUUCGGUUAUUGUUUUUGCUUUGAUGCGCUCCCUACUUUUCUUUACGCUGGCCAAACGCUCCUCCACGAAUCUGCACAAUACCAUGUUUAACGGCGUUACUCGGGCCUCCAUGUAUUUCUUUAACACAAAUCCUGCCGGCCGUAUCCUAAAUCGUUUUGCCAAAGAUUUGGGUCAGGUGGAUGAAGUGUUGCCCGGUGUCAUGAUGGAUGUCAUACAAAUCUUCCUGGCCAUUUUAGGUAUUGUUGUCGUUUUGUGCAUCGUAAAUCCCUGGUAUCUCUUGGCCACUGCCCUACUGGGUAUUGUUUUCUAUUUUAUGCGAUCAUUCUAUUUGAAUACGUCGAGAGAUGUCAAACGUUUGGAGGCCAUAACCCGCUCCCCCAUAUAUUCACAUAUGGGCGCCUCGCUGAAUGGCCUCUCCACAAUACGAGCAUUUGGAGCCCAGCAAAUUUUAAUUGAGGAAUUUGAUAACUACCAGGAUCUCCAUAGUUCCGGCUAUUACAUGUUCUUGUCGACUAGCCGUGCCUUUGGCUAUUGGCUAGAUUGCUGCUGUGUCCUGUACAUUGCUAUCAUCACCUUGAGCUUUUUCCUUUUCUCACCCAAAAAUGGCGGUGAUGUGGGCCUUGCCAUUACCCAGGCCAUGGGUAUGACCGGCAUGGUCCAAUGGGGUAUGCGACAAUCGGCUGAACUGGAAAACAAUAUGACAGCUGUAGAACGUGUCAUUGAAUACGAAGACUUGGAGGCCGAAGGUGAAAUGGAAUCACCACCGAAUAAGAAACCACCCAAAUCAUGGCCAGAAGAUGGUCAAAUUGUAUUCGACAAUUUAAGUUUGCGUUACUUCCCCGAUCCCAAGGCAGAAACGGUAUUGAAAAAUCUGAAUAUUUCCAUACAGGCGAGAGAAAAGAUUGGCAUUGUAGGUCGCACCGGAGCGGGUAAAUCAUCGCUUAUAAAUGCCUUAUUCCGCCUGUCGUACAAUGAUGGUUCGGUGAUCAUCGAUAAACGGGAUACCAAGGAAAUGGGACUCCAUGAUUUGCGUAGUAAAAUAUCAAUUAUUCCCCAAGAGCCGGUAUUGUUUUCGGGCACUAUGCGUUACAAUUUAGAUCCAUUCGAUGAGUAUGCCGAUGCCAAAUUAUGGAAGGCUUUGGAAGAGGUCAAACUAAAGGACGUUGUCAGCGAAUUACCCAGUGGACUGCAAAGUAAAAUAUCCGAAGGUGGUACCAAUUUCUCUGUUGGCCAACGACAGCUGGUCUGUCUGGCCCGUGCCAUUCUCAGAGAAAAUCGCAUUUUGGUAAUGGACGAAGCCACUGCCAAUGUAGAUCCCCAAACUGAUGCCUUAAUACAAACCACCAUACGUAAUAAAUUUAAACACUGCACCGUUCUGACAAUAGCUCACCGUUUACACACAGUUAUGGAUUCGGAUAAAGUUCUGGUAAUGGACGCAGGCAGGGCUGUAGAGUUUGGUUCACCCUUUGAACUGCUAACACAAAGUAAAACCAAUAUAUUCUAUGGCAUGGUGAAACAGACUGGCAGUUCCACAUUUGAUAGUCUGCUGAAAGUUGCCCAAAAGGCCCAUGAGGAAAACCUAAAGGCCAAAAAAGAUCCUUGACAUUUCGUUCAGGUGCCCAAAGUAUUUAAGGAUUAUAUAUUAAAGAUACUAGAGCCCAUAACAAAUCAUCCGGCAAAUGCUAAAAUACAAAAGACACUAUUUUUUGAAAAUGCAACAAAACCAAAAUUCUUAGGCUAACAUUCAGUUUAUCCCUAUACCCAUAAUCGAUUCACGGUACCACCAACAUUUGAUUGAGACAGGUUUUAAGGCGUUCGCUACAAAUGAAUUGUGAAAAGUUAUAGUAUUCGACUGCCUAAAGGCUUAAUAUGAUUACAUUUUCUAUAAAUGUGAGGUUAUGAACGAAGUGAUUAGGAAUGAAAAUAACAAGGCAAAUGGGAACAUAAAUUUCCUCUCAGGAUCCAAAUGACAAACGAAAAAUAAGUGGUUAACAUGUUGAUUAGUGAAUAGUUACAACUGCCAAAAAAUAUCCUAAACCAAUAAUAGACUCAAUUUUCGGUGACAUGCAACAAGUGAUCAAAAUUGUACAAAUUCAAAGCCAUUUCAGGCGGGAAUUAUCCAAACCAUCAUAUGAUGGAUAAAUCUACCCCAUCUAGGCGUAUCAAGAAGGGCAUACACGAUCUAGAGAGGAAGUCCAACGCUAUAUGAGAAAGCGUCUAGAUCAAGAAGCCUAUCAGGCAGGUCUGAGUGGCAUUCAUACUGAUGCAGUCACAUAUACCAUUAAUAAUUUCUACGUGCCUAGUCCAAAUAACGGUUUUAGACCCUAUUAAUUUCCAGGAAAAUAUUUUUAUGCACAGAAAUAAAAGGGUAAUCCAAUAUUGCUCUAGCUUUGCAAGUUCUAAUAUUUGCAUCAGUACUAGGUCAGGUGUAAAAUGGACAAAGUUUCAAAAUUUUGAAUAAUUAAAACUCCUAUAAAAUGUGAUGUAAGAGUUCGAUUGUCUUCAAAUUGCACAUCCCAUCCACAAAGGGUCCAAGUUUUUAAAAUCCACGAAGCUCAUAAAACGCGAAAUUUGCAUCCGAUUCCAUUCAGACUUGGCACAUCUCAAUAUUUCCAUCAACACAAGAUUGUUAUAAAGAUGAUAGAGAUCGGACCAUUCCUUCUGAUACCUCCCCCACAUAGGGUUCACGAUUUUGAAAAAUAAGACGCUCAAAGAAAGCGAAAUAAGCAUAUAACUCUCUUCAAAUUUCAAAUAUACAAACAUCUUUGCUAACGCAAGAUCUGUUGUGAAGAUGAUAUAUAUCUGCGAACUCCUUCUGAGCCACCCUUGUGCAAUUCUAUUAUCUGUUAUAAGAUGCGAAAAGAGUCAGCGAUUUUUCAAAACAUUGUCACAUAACUCAUAUAAAGCGAAUUUAUAUCAUAUAUAUUUAGGCCCGAUACGAAAUGGACAAUAUUGACCCAUUCCUUCAAACCCUAAUCCAUAGAGGGUCAACAAUUUGAAUUAUCACAACAGAAGUCAAAGUCAAAAUAUAUUUAAAUAAUCGAAUAUUGGCUGAGGGUAUACAUCUGUUGGCAGAACGGACUGAUACUUUUUUACUUAUUAAACCUGGAAUUAGAACUUGAUUGGCAGAAAUCAAACAAAACAUGUGGAGCUUUAACAACAACAUGGACUGUGAAUAUGAGAAGUGCAUUGGGUCUCCAGACCAUCGUUAGAAAAAUUCUAAUCAUUCACAACAGACAAUAAAUUAUAAACAAAAUGUUCAGUAAAUAUAUAAAAAAAAUUAUAUUUCUGAGGGCGCUCGUUGUUGUUGUAGCAGUAGUAAAUGUAGGUGUUUGGAUUCUGCUAAUUUGGCUCAAGCUCCAGAUUUAAAAAUUCGGCUACCUUAAUGGGCUGUACAUGUACAUUUUUCUGAGGGCGUUUAGAACCCACACACCGCACUCUGGCUAUGUCGGCGAGUCAAGGUUUCAAAAUUCUGUUAGAUUUUGAUUUGCUUUAAACCACACUUUUCUAAUUUUCAAAGGAUUAUUAACUUAUUUCUGCAUACAGCAGAGACAAUAUCCUUGAAGACGAGAAAGCCUGUUUGGAUAGAACAAAAGCAACGAGAGGUUAUUUUCUCGGGAAGCUUUUCUUUAAGAUUACGUGGUAAAUAAACCCAUGUCGUCCAUAACCUCACUUUUAAAAGAAACAUUCAAAACGUACAAAGCCAUUUUUUUAUUAAUCCCCAAAAAUUUCAAUUCACAAAACUGUAGCAACAAGGUAUCUUAAAAGAAAAUUCAAAAGAAAACAAAAAAAUCACAACCCACAAUGGUAUAUCAAAACUGGAAACUUCAUGUACAACAUAAACUGUAGUAGGAACAAAGUAGUUGAUCUAUUUAUAUACAUACAUAGAUAUUUAAAUAUUUAAGAGAAAGAGAGAAAUAAUAAAUCCCAAAUCCCGUUUCAUAUUUGUAAAAAAAGAGAAGAAAACACAAAUAAACCCACAAUAUUUCUUUAGAAACGAACAUCUUUACAACGAUGGCAUUCAUAGAAAAAAAAAAUUACACGCUUCUGUUGGAAGCUUCGAUUUAGUUUUCUAUUUGAAUUCUGAUCAUAACAUUUUUUAAGACAAUAAAAUAUCAUUAUUAUAAUGAUUGUAAAGCUAGUAACUAAUAUUAACACAAAAACAAAUUGUAUGAAAUUAAAUUACUUAAAAGAAAAGAAAACAAAAAACUAUAACGACUAUAUCAAUUAAAAACUAAAUAUAUUUAUACAAAUACUUAACAACAAAAUUGAAAUCGAUGUAUAUGUAACUAAUGAUGAUGCUGAUGAUGACAAAGAUGUAGGGGCAAAAAGUAAAUCUAUAUAUAUAUGCAUAUUAUUUUAAUACUGUGCAAUAAUAUAAUUUAUAUAUGUAUGUAUGUAUAUGUAUAACAAUGUGUAUAUGUAUGUAAAUAUGGGAAGAAAAACAAUUGUAAUUCUAUUUAUUUAUCCUUGAAGGAUGCAUUUUAUUUACACUUAGGCAUAAAAACAAAAAAAAUUAAAACAAAAGAAUUUAUUAUUAGGCCCUACUUGAAAAUUGUGUACUUAUGCGUAAUCUUAGAGAUAAAAACCCACAAAAUAUUGUAUUAUAUAGUAGUAUAAACAACAAACAACAGCACACAGUAUGUGUUCCAAAUGAAACGACAAUAUUUUACAAUUUCAAUUUGGUUUUUAUUUUGAUGUAUUUUUUUUUUUUCUUCAAUAAAAAAUUAUUGUAUUUAUUUUGAA